AUGGAUUCCUUCAUCUCUACCGCCCUCGAGGAGAUUUGCGCGGAGGGUCCCGCCGGGAUCCCUCUGCCGAAGCUUUGGUGGAACCUGCAGAGUUCUGUCGAGUCGUUCGGUCUCCUGAUGGAUGAUGCCGUCAAGGAGGUGAUCUGGAGACGUCUCCUGGCCCUUCCAGAUCUUCUGUUUAAAUCAUCAUCUGCGAUGUUUACCUCGAGAGACUCGGCCAUCAAGUCCCCAGAUCAGUCGGAGAAGUUGGGGCUGAGAGUAGUAGCAGACGAGCAUCUUAGGGAUAGCUUCCUUGGGAUUUACGAUCUGAAAGCCGCCAAUGUUGAGAUCACACCCGUGCUCAAGCAGGUUCUCGAGCGGCUCGCUGUUGCCAGGUCUAUCAUUUAUUUUGUUCCAUUAGUCUUACGAAAAUUGGGAAUGUGGAAUACGUUCAACACAGCACCGCAUUUCACACCUCGCGGAGUUUAUCUCACCAGUCCCUUCAUGUUUUUGCAGGAGCAAUGGAAUAGCCCAAAGUCAGCUUAGCAAAGAGUUCAAGAUGAAGGAGAACAAGCUCUUCUACUAUUUGAAAAGGCUUGAAUCCCAGGGAUUAAUUGUGCGGCAAUCAACACUCUUGAGGACGAAGGAAGCAUCUGCAAAGAGGGACGAUGAGAUGAAGGACACUGCCAUUGUGAAUACCAAUUUGAUUUAUCUUUAUCGCUAUGCUAAGCGGCUGAGUUCCCUGCAACGAGUUGAGAUUACAGCACCACAUGUGCCACAUAUUUCUGGAGACCCCUGCAAAGGUAAUUUAGAAGGGACUGAUGGGGAACCCUUAAAGGAGGAUGUGAAUGUGAAGGAUUACCUGCCAGAAAUGAGUGCCAUCUGCAAUAUGCUUGAGGAAUCGGCUGGAAAGGUCACUGGCAUUUUCAACAUUGGUGUUUGAUGUGAUAGUUAUCAAUUUCGUUUCUCUGAUUCAGUCUUAAUGAUUUUAUUUCUUAAAGGUCCUUGUUGUAUCCGAUAUCAAGUUGGCUCGAGGAUACAGGAUGACAACCGGUCAUAGAACUUGGAGAAAUGUCAGUCACUACUUAAAAUAAAAUAUUUUCCCCAUUUGCUCUUGAACUAAGGCCUUUUUUUUUUGUUAUUGUUGCAAUGACAGAUAUGUAACCGAAUGAAAGAUGCUUCCCUUGUUGAAGAGUUUCAGGGAAAAGUUAAUGGCAAGGUAGAUUUUCAUGCUAUGAACUUAAAAUGGCUUCUUCACAAAGUUUGUAUCGCAAUUUAUGUGUAUCUUCAGAUAAAUCUGUUUCUUUUGUGACAAUGUUUUUGUCCUAGUUGGUCAUGUCUCUUCUAAUGUGUUCUUGUUAUCCUCUUGGUAAUCUAUUUAGUUCUAGAAUACAAUAGUUUUAAAUGGAUCUAUCUGGUACGGCCUCAGUUUUCCAUUAACUUUGAUGAUCUUGAGUGAAACCUUCAACGGUUUUGAUAAACACAUAUGGGACAUGAGAAGGUUUUAUUCUAUUACCUUCUUUGACUGUUGUAUUUGAUUUUUGUCUCAUUUAUGAAUUCUCAUGAUUUGUACUUUUUUAAUACUUUAUUAUUUUUUAUCGGUUUUGGCAUCCCUGAUGAAUUUGGCUGACCUGGCUCUAUGCACGCAUUUGAGUACAAUUCACUGAUUGCAUCUAUGCCUGCUUUUGCCAAACAGUGUGCUAAGUUGGCAUGUGUGAUUCAUCUCUGAUUGCCUGAGGCAUGGUGUGGGCCACAUUCACACGAAUGCAUGUGAAUUGCAAACCACAGUUUGUGCUAUGCUAUUUAUACCAGGCGCACAGCAUAUCCUUGCGUAACAUGUGAAGCACUUUGAGAAGGGCAUGUGAUGUGUUAAACCUGUCUUUUUCAGGCUUAUUGGGCUUUUUUUCUGUGGUAUGCCUUAAAAUAUUGACUUUUACAGCUUGAAUUUCGUUUUUCAUGAAGUUAUCACCAAAAUCAAUUUUGAAGGCACUCUCUUGCUUUUCUAUCUGUGCGUUUCUUUCAAAAAAGAUAACAUUGCCUCCCAUCUGCAAAGCAUACCCCUGAGGAUCAGCCCUAUAAUGCCGUAUUGAUGUUGAGGAGAUUUUUCCUGUUAGCUAAGUUGGCACCAUCAAACCUUACUCUCUCUUCUCAUUAAUGUAGUUUUGGAUACUUCUGCCUUGAAUUGAAAAUAGAAAAUCUGGCAUCCUCUCAAGAGUUUUUUUAUCGACCUACUUUGGACUACCUAUUCCGGUAAUGUUCAAUUUCGGACAGUUGAACUUUUAUUAUGGAUUUCUUUUCCAGACAAUUAGGAGCCAUUCCAUCUCUCUUUAUUCGCCACUUUUAUUGCCUGUACUUUUAUUUCUGUUGCUUUUGAAAAACAAAAGGGUAUAUCAUGAAAUCUCCACUAUGGUCACUAUGUUUUCUCAGAAUCUCUUUCGAUUUUUUCCUUUCCUAGAAUCCCUUAUAAAUUCCUUCAUCUGUCGUUAUUUCUCUUCUAAUUAAUGGGCCUACACCCGAUUGGUUCAGGUGAUUUUCAUUGUUGCUGUGGAACUUUCCUGUCUCCACUCAUUUUCAGCUAGUUUUGAGUAGGCUACAUGAUGCUUUAAGAGGGAAGCUACAGAUUCUGAUCUUGGAAUGUGUGGCAUUGUCCAAGGGACAACUUAAGCAGAUGGGCGGGUAAGUGGGACCAUGUCACAAUCAUAUCCACCUUCAUUUGAAAGCGUCAAACAUAUAGUUAGAAUAUUUUCCCUAAGGUUUCGAAGAUAACCAAAUGGUGGCCCAUCCUAUAUUGUCAUGCGUAUAGCAUGCAAAUGGUAUAGCUAGAAGUAGGAGUUUGUUGUAGGAGCUCCUUCUGCUCCUGACUCUAGCCUGUUAUGAGGCUAAGUCAGAAGUGUAUCUCAUUAUAUGAAUGGUAUGCACCACAGGUUUUCCAUCUAACCAUAUAUUAAGGUCAGCUGCCACCUUUUAGCAUUUUGUCAAACCAAGACUUCGUAUUCUAUCAUUGAUACUAUGCUUUGAUUUUUCAUCAGUCUGAUUGGUAAGAGCGUUCUCUCUUGAGAGUUGGCUGAACGAACUUGCCACCCAUCAGUCUGGCAGCAGUGGUGGAGAAAACAAAGCAUGUUUCAACAGAAAUGCUGAUUCAGGGCAUCAACAAAACACUAUUGUCUCUUAUGAAAACCCCUUCAAACCCUGGAGCACUGUAUCCUGUUCUGCUAUACUGGCGCCCAGUUGAUGACGAUGAAUUCAAGGGACAAUAAACCCUAAGGCUCUGGGUGUCAGCCUUUUUAAGGAAUUAACCAAGGGAAAUCUCUGAAGAAUCCCCUCUCCCUCAUAUUUCGCAUGUAGGAGAUUGAAAUACAGCCCCACGUUGUCUGUUGGUUUGUAAAUUGAUCACUCUAGAUAGAUAAGUCGAGAAAACCACAAGCAAUUAAUUGAAUACCUUUUUGUGUUGUUUUAAAAAAAAUAAAUAGGUAUAAAUAUCUGGAAAUAAGAACGAGUAGAAGAUAGUGGAAAACACUAAAUCACACCAAUUGGAACUUACAUAUUUUUUUUGAAAGAAUAAAAAUGAGUAAUUAUUAGGUUUCUAGAUGCUGUACUUUCGUCCCUAGCGAAAAGAAGAAUAUUCGUGGAAAGUUCACUAAGAUUUCCCAUGAAAAUGAUGCAAAUACCCUUGAGCUCUCUCAGGGCUUCGUAAAGAGAGAAAUGUUUCCAAAAUAGCCACUGACGCUGCUACAAUGCCAGAAGUCAGGCUGUGCGGAGAGAGGAAAACUUCAAAAUCUCUAGUUGCCUCUGCUCACCAUGGUGUGAAGAAUUCCAUAUAUAGAUUGUUUGAUUCAGUUCAGAACCAGUCCACGCCCUCCUUGAAACUAGAACACAUGGAUAUAAUUGAAAUAUGUUUCAUAGCAUUGCCUGAUUCAUGGGCAAUUCUUGGCCAAUCAGAGUAGACCUGGUCUAGGCAUUCUGUCUAAUUAUGUCUUGAUACAGUCCAGUGAAGCAAGCAAGGUGAAAAAAUUCUUCCUCCCAUACUAGCUCUUGCCCAUUGUUAAGCCAAACGAGAAUCGUUAUUAGCAUGUUCUGAUGGUGCUAUUUAUCUAUAUGAUACCAUCGUGGGAUAGUUAUAUGAUGAGGGUAAUUCAUGGGAUAGAGAAGAAAUCAUUGUUUACACUAGGUUUAUUGUGGAGGCAUGUGCACUUGGGUAAUUCUGGUGGUGAAAGUAGUUUUUGAAGAAAAAAUUGUUGCCUGGUGGUUAGUUGCUAGAGUGAUGACCAUGAAAGUUAGCCGUCUUAGCAUUAUUUCUGUCUUCUUGGUUAUCUCAGAGGUGCGUCUCAUAUUUUCAAUUUGUCGUAUGGCUUCACAUUAGUUGCUUUUGGCUUUCCUAUCACACUUGUAUUAAUGUUUUUCCUGAAUCUAAUAUUACAUUUAUAUCCAGGGAAGUGCCAUAAUAGUACAUUUGUCAUGGAUAAACUAAUUAUAACAUUUACUAGCCAAAAUUUUGAAGUGCGUUGUUAUUUAGGCAUACCAUUAUUCACUUUUUGAAGAAUAUAUGCUGUUAGUUUUAAAUGAUUCAUCUACUCCCUGGAAACAUUUUUUAUAAGCUCGCUAUACAUUAUGAAAAUUACCCUUGAGACUAUCUUAAAAAUGUCUAAUAUUCUACUGUACUUGUCGUAUCUUUUUUAUUUACCUAGAGUAGUAAUAAUAUUUUUAAUGAACGAGCUUGAGUUAAAUUUGUACCUAAUAAUGUGCCAGAAGAAUAUGCAUCUUCUUCAUUCCUGAAACAUAUCAUUUAUUUGACUGUGGUGCCACAGGAGGUUCAAGUGCACCCGUCAACUGCUUGGGUUGACGGUUUAAUUAAAUUAGAGUUUGAGUUUUUAAGGACGGUUUAAUUAAGUUGUUUCUUUUCUGAUGAUCCGUCAACUGCAUGGGUUGUUUUUGCUGAAUGACGAUCACAUUUUGGAAUUUGUAGCUUUUUAUAACUUUAUUUUGAGAUAUUCGAUCUCUUCCUACUCCUAACUUAAAAUUUUAACCUCUAAAACUAGAGAAGUGUGAAUCUAGCAGAAGCUCUUUCUUCUUUUUGGUAGUUGAUCUUUUGAAUUUCAGGUUGUCAAGUGCUUACGCUUGUUGAAGAAGUUUAAUCCUAAGGAUUUUCAGCCCAAGGGUAUUACGUGUGGCUAUGAAAGUUUUCGUUCUGAACAUCUUCAGAGAUGCAGUAGAAGGGGUCAAAUUACUGAUCAGUUUGUUGAGCUUCCUAUUGAACACCGAAUUUAUGAUAUGAUUGAUGGUGAGGGCCCCAAAGGACUAACUAUAUCUGAGGUAUGAUAAUUUUGAUGGCAUUUUUUUUUCUGUUUUCUAAUUGAAGUUUUUUUCUCAUUCCUUCAUUGUGGAGAUGGAUUAUCUUAGACAUACGCAGUGACAGUACAAGAUAAACACUGGCAGAGGUUGUUGCCAUGGUUUCACAUAACUUUGAACUUGCUCAGUGGAUGGAAGAAUUUCAUUGUAUUGAGUGAUAGUGAUAGCUAUCUUUUGACUAAUUGUCAAAUUCUUGGUGUAACCAUUGAUUCUAAAUUAGACUAAGACGUUAAUAUCUAAAGAAGUAUAUUGACGAUGGACUAAUACGGAUAUCAUCUUCCUAUGAUGAGCAGGUUAGCAAAAGGCUUGGACUCAGCAGCAAGAGGACUGAAAUGCGAAUAUGUGAUAUGUGCUGGAGGAUGCCAAAGAGGUUUCCAAUGCAUAUGAGAUUUGAAAAUUAUAACAGAACAAAGGUUUAUAGAGUUUGGACACUUCGAAACUUUGAGGGCAAUUCCUUGGGUGGAACAUCGAGUAACUGUGAAAACGAUUUGAUGAUAACUAACAUUUCUAGCCAUUGCGAGAUGGAUAGAGUUCCAGAUGACCAGUCAUCUGGCAAAAAUAUGCUGUCAGAUUUCAGCUCCAAAGAUCUGCUUUCUGAGAAUAUGCCUCGUGGACAAGUUGAAUAUGCACUUAUUAAUGUUUCACCCAUUUGUGCUGUAAAGGAUAAAGGCGUUAUUACUGUAGAAGCAGAUGCACUGAGUCAAGUGGUCGCUGUCAAAGGUGUAGAUUAUGACACAAGAGACGUUGAAGCUGGUAAGGCAAUGCCAAUGAUUGACAGUCCAUCAGAAUGCUCCCUUCUUGUACGACCAACAUCAAAGGUUCCCUCAUUUAAGAAGUAUCCUUCGGCUGUGACCAUGGACAGUGCCCAAAGGGAGGAAAGGAUUCUUAGAAGAUUAAAGGUAUCUCUGGUUCCGUCACUAGUCCUAUUAUUCUGAUUAUUUUCUUGUAGUUUUUCUUUUAUUUUUCUUUCAUUUGAUGUAUCAUAUUUUUAUUCCAAUAGGGGAUUGUAACAUCAGCUUUUAUUUUUCUGGUUAUUGAUACUGCUACUGCUGUAGAGUUUCGAAACGUCUUGGUUAAACUAGUUCUAUUUUCAGCUCUGGUAGCACAUAUUUCUCAUUUCAGCGGAGUGUGCUUCCUGUUUCAUUCUCUAUGGAGCUUUGAUUUCAUCAUAAAUAUAUUUUAGGAUUCUGUUUUCUUGAAAACAUCGAUCGUAUGCCUGGAAGAGUAAGCGUUCUUUUAAUGCAUGAAGCCAUGCGAAGGAUGAUGGACCUGUGAUAAUUUAGAUGAAAUCUGUUUAUGUUCGAAGACAGAAGGAUUGCAAUGGUUGCCUGCAGAGGAUUUCACGAUUGAGAAUGUAUCUAUAUUUCAGUGAUAACAGAGGACUUACUCUAGUUUGAGCGUUUUUCUAUCAUUUUCCCUCUAAAUCUGUGGAUAGGGUUUAUUUUGAGCUAUGCCGUUUUGACAGGAUCAUGAACGAGUAGUUCAUUUAUGAUUGGUUACGCUUUUAAUUUGCACACAAAACGUGGAAUAUCUAGCAAUUUAAAAAAAUUAAAUAGAGAUAGGUGUGUGAUCAAUCGAAUCAUGUAUGAUCAGGGGCAAUAUCUGUAAAAGAAAAAUGAAGUUGAAAACGUGUUGAAGCUGUUUAUUCCUCCUGAGAAAGAUAAAUGCCUCCUGUUUGUUUUAUGGAUGUUUGCAUGGAUAAUUUACCAAUUUUUUGUCUUAUUUUUUGGUAUUAUCCAGUCUUUGCCUGUACCAUUAAGUGUUUGCUUCAUUUUCAUGCAGAAUGAGAAAUUCUUGCUUACUGCUGAGCUGCAUAAAUGGCUUGAUGGUUUGGAAAAAGACAAACAGACAACAAUGGCUAGGAAAACAUUGACUCGAUCAUUGCAAAGGCUCCAGCAAGAAGGGUACUGCAAAUGUAUUCAGAUCAGUGUACCCGUUUUGACAAAUUGUAACCGUAGUCGUGCAGCAGAGGUCAUUCUACAUCCGUCAAUAGAAACUUUUUCCUCAGAACUUCUGGGCCAAAUUCACCAAAGAUUAAGAGACUUUGAUAUGCAGAGUCAUGGACAAGGACUAGAUCGCCCAAAGAAUGAAAGUGUAGAUGUCACUGAAUUAACAGAUGUGAAGAGGCACAUGAAUCGUGGAGCAACUGAACUUCAGUCUAUUAAGGUAGAAAAUAUGCGCAUCAAUGGUUAUGUUCCUGCAAUCAUGGUUCGUGCAAAGCUUUUGCAUAGCUUCCUGUGGAGCUUUCUUCGUGGUUUGCCUGAAUGGGAUGACACUUUGAUGACUGUUGGAGACGCAUAUGACUGUACAAGUCCUCGUAGCAUGCUCAAAUCAUUUUCACUUGUAUCAGCAAUGGAGAAUAUGCCAUUUGAAUUGUUCUUACAGGUUGUAGGGUCUGAAAAGCGUAUUGAUAACAUGGUUCAGAAAUGCAGGCUUGGGUUGAGACUUUCUGAUCUUCCUGUCCAUGAAUAUAAGGGUUUGAUGGAUACUCAUGCAACUGGACGGUUAUCCCGUGUGAUAGAUAUCUUAUACCGAUUGAAGGUAAUCAUAUCGCAUAAACUUCUUUCUGGCUUCUGGAAAUAUAAAUUUAGAAUUUUUAUUGCUGCUCAUGUGUUUGAGAAAUGUCACCGAUUUAUCUUAAAGCUCCAUUUUGUGUAAUUCAGCUUAUCCUCGUUUUUAUCUUGGUGCGAGUCCUGGUAAAGUCUAUAGCACUUAAUUCACGAUCUGAAAGAACCAUUAUUUUAUUAUAAAUUCUACCAUACAACAAAAACAUGUGCCACCCCAUUUUUAUUCGUAAAAAUAUUUUUCACUUUUCAGUUGGAGGAGCCACAAUUUAAUCCCAUAUUAUUUUAAAAGAAUAGGGAAGCUUUCGUAAUCUCCAGCAUUCCUCUUCUUCCGUGUACAUCUGCUUGCAUAACAAGGACGUAUUAUAAUGGUUGCACCUAAAAUAGGGAAUAGCUGUAUUUUUUUCAAUCAUGAUUGAGUUUCUUUCCACGGUUAGUGAUACUGUGAAUCAUCGAACAAAUACUGGAAUACACUAAUUUUUCCGAUUUUGUCACCUUUCUGGGCAGUUAAUUCAGCUGGCAACUGAAGGAAUGGUAGCUAGCACAAACAUGGUUCCCCAUUGUCUUUCAACAUAUUCUCUGGAGCUUAAACCAUUUAUUGAAGUGCCAAGAAGCUCACCAUCUACUGAUGUCCUUUCUCCUGCUUGUCCUCCAAGACUGAGGCAUGAUUUUCUACUGACAAAUAGGGAGGCUGUUGAUUCUUAUUGGCAAACCCUGGAGUAUUGCCAUGUUUCAGCGGAUCGAAAUUCUUCAUUAAAGGCAUUCCCUGGGUCAGCUGUUAAAGAGGUUUGCUCUCCCCACGCUUCCGACAUGUUUACAGGCGGAAUAUAAUGUAUUGGUUUUGUAUACUUGUAUUAUCUAUUUUUUAAGGAUACUUUCACCCAAAAUUUGUGUUUGGCUCAAUUUUUGUUUUCUUGGUUGUGAUAUUCUGUCUUCAUUGGUUCUAGAUCUUUCUUCUAACUGUAAAUAUAUAGUUUUUUAUUUCAUUAUUUCAUGACUUGUCAUUGCAAAUGGCUUUAAUGCCAAAUGAAGCAUAUAAAACAGCCCCUACUUAUCUUUUUCUCCCCCCGUACAUAGAUAAAAAAAAGUAAAGAUUACGUGACUGUCCCUGGAAUACGAAUUAAACUGAUCAACAAAAAAAUCCCAAGGGUUAUUCAACGGAAGGUGCUGUGGUAGCAUUAUCGACCUCUUGUGUUGUGCGAUUCUAAGUUCUGCCUGCAGCACUAAUCACUAUCAAAAUGCUGGGGACGUCUCUGUAUCUCUUACUUGCAUAAGAAACAAAAUUCUUAUCAACUGAUUCAAGAAUGUGGAUUUCGCUUUAGUAAAUAAAUAUAAAUAUCUAGUUAGAAGUUCUACUACCCUGAGACAGUUAAGUUCUAGUACCUUUUAAGAAAUUAAUUAAAAUAUGUGCAAAUGGAUUUCAACCAUUUAAUGUGAAUAUACGAAAUCUUGAAAUAUAGACAACUCGGGGUUUGAAAAGUGAAUGAUGCCAUGUUUUAAAUUCCUGUAGCUUUGUGGUUGGAUAAUGUAAUGUGGAGAAUGAAUUGGUUUUUCGUUCAUCAUCUGAGUAAUGUUCAACCCGAAGGACAUUUUAACCUUCCCAAACAUAGAGAUUUGACUGGAAGGCUACAUUGGGUAAAAUAUGAAGCCUUAUGCUUUAUGGAAUAUGGACUACCCAUCUUGUUAUACAUAAGAAAGGUGGAUAAGUGAACGUUUUACAUAGUUUCAAAUACACGAAAAGUUUUCUUUUUAACAAAAGGAUCAUCUUUCUUCUGAAUAAUGAUAGUGCCCCACCAGCAUGCGGCGGGAACUGUUCUGAAUGAAAUUUUACACAAAAGUAUAGUGCUACUUGGAGGAGCGGGAAGUAAAAACCUAGAGUUGACAGGACCAAGUACCUCUCAUGAAUAAAGCCUUUAAAUGAUUCCAGCAGGUCAAUUAAAUAUGAUGGCACGUGUUCUCAUAAUCACCCGUAGAAACUCCCUGAAAUUCAUUGUUGAAUAACAAGGAAUCGAGAUUGACUUAGAGCUGAUCAGGCAGAAAUAAGAGAUGCCCCUGUCAGGAAAGAUCAUUGGGUUAAAACAACUACAGAGAGGGCUAACCUUCGUUCAAAGGAAGGUCUCCGUCAUUUUCCUCAAGUAUGCCAAACGAGCUCUCUUUGAAUGGGAGGAACACUGUCCAAGUGACUCUAGGACUACAUAAAAAACCUAAUAGUCUUUGAAGUAUCUGUGAAAGGCAUACUUCCAAACGUGUCUUACAUUUCUUAAUUGGGGUAAUGCCUGGCCCUAAUGAAUUAAGGGAAGUAAGAAUCAUUUCAUUAUCUUUGCUGAAAGGUAAUGAGCUUGAAACACCGACAACUGCUAAUUGCGAAUGUGUUUCUUGCGUCAAUAUCGUUGAUUAAGAAUAAUUCAUUUUUGUAGUCCGUAUGAAUGUGGAUUCUGCUUCUAUUACAAUUUAAUAUUUCCUUGUCUUGUGAGAAACAAUUAAGAGAAAAGAGAUGGCUGAGUUCCUGACAGCACACUGGCUGCUAGAAAUACACUAAAUAUGCACAUGCCAGAUGAGGAUAAUCUGGAAACAUAAUUUCCAAGAACAUCUAGAGUGCAAUGAGCUGGUCAAGGUAGCAUUUUAUUUGUUGCUAGAAAGAGUACUACUCAUCACAUUUCAUAUCCCUUCAUAAGACUUCAUGCUGAUCAUGGGGUUGAGUGCAAAGCAAUCUUAUUUAUCUUCAGGUUAUCAGACAAUUAUGGGACUAAAAGUAAAAUCAGAUCCCUUAUGCGGGAGGUUAUCCAUUCGAUGAACAAUAUCAGAUAAUAGAGUGGUGAUUUACCACUCUGGCAUGAUAAAUCCCAGGAUGAGAGAAUGGUGAUUUACCAGCUCGUUUUCUGGCCGAAUUUUGCUUGUUAUUGAUGAAUUUCUGUCCUCAUUAUCUCCAAAUGCUGUCAGGAUGAGAGAUUGUUACCAUUUCUUUAACAUACGCACUAUAUGACCAAGUACUGGCCACUUGAUGUAAAGUCGAAACAAUUCUCAGAAGCGUAGCUCUCCAUUCCACAUUCUGCUAAUUAUUUUUUACUCUCUGGUAUUGUGGUAAGUAAAAUGAUUUUCAUUGGUACCAAAUCAGCAAUCACAAGCUUUAUGUGUGCUGUUAUGGUACACUGGACAGGUGAUUGGAAGGCACAAAUCACAGACCAAGAGGAAAACGAAUACAAGAGGAUAAGGAGAAAAGAAACAUGAAGGUUGUUUGCAGAGGCAAAAUGAUAGCGUCUUAGAGUAGUCUGGGAACGGUCAGUGAAGGUGUGACGAGUUUUAGUAACCCUUAAAACAAGUAAUUAAUUUUUCAACUUUCAGAAACAAAAUGCCUUAUUAUUAGAUAAUUAAUUUAGGAUUAAUCUUUGAGAACUAUCUGUAUUUUUCAAUAGAAACAUAAGUUCUGAUGUUGAUAGACUGAAAACAAAUGGCUGGACCUUGCAGAGGUAUGCGAAGUUUGUAGAAUAUUUAACCAACUUAUCUAGAGUCUAAUUUUUCGUUUUGGGGCUGGAAUUAUUUCUCUAUGAGGGAAGAAAAACGUUAUAUUUUUUCUGUUGGAUGAUUAGUCCAAUGUGUAUUGGAGGUUAUAAUUUCUUCUCAAAAAAGAAAUCAUAGUGUAAAUGGAUGAGUUCCUUUUUUCCUUUUCAUCUUAAACUAGAUUUGUUGUCCUUUUAGUAUUAGAACGUGAGAUGAAAUUAUAGGUAGCAUAUUUUUAUUUCUUACUCUGAAUUACACUCAUCAAUUCCAUGUUAACCUAUUCAAUGCCUCGAUUUCUUUUUGCGACAAUAAUUAUUUAAAUUUGAUUAAUGAAAACCUUGUGCCUUAGUGGUUUCAUUGAGGAAAUGUCCUUGUCUCAGUAUCUGUUAGAAGUCGAUCAUUUCUCUCUUUUUUCUAAUUAUACUUAGUGGCUAUUAUCUGCAGUAACUAAUGUUACUUUGAAUCGUGAUUUUCAGAUUUUUCUGGCUCGAUCUUGGACUUCAGUUCGAGUUAUGACUGCUGAGCAAAACACAGAGCUGCUUGAGCGGUUGGGAACUUAUGCGCCAGACAAAAAAGUUCCUUUUGGAGAGUGUGUAAAGAUUUCUAAGGAGCUAGAUCUUACUUUAGAGCAGGUUCACAUCGAACCAUUUUCUUUUGUGGGGAAUUUAUUUCUAGUGUCCAUAUGCUCAUGUUUGAAUUUUUGUCAGGACAUUCGUCUAUUCAUAUGUCCAUAAGAUAAUCGUUUUUCGAAUUUAUUUUUCUAACGAUAGUUGUGAAUGAUUAAAUAUUUGCUACAGUUUUUCUCACUUAUAGUGGAUAAUUAUUAUCUUGCUGGUAAAAGUUUAGUUUUGAUUUUAGUAAUAAUUACGCAAUUUUAUCUUAUCAUUUUGAAGAUAAUUUUCCCUUCUGGAUUUUUUUCCAGACAGGCUGAUUAUUUUUUUCGUGCGAUCAGAUCGGAAAACACGUUUAGAAUUCUAAUAACAUCUUUUGUUGCAUUUUUCUUAAUUUUAUUUCAUACUUACCUCUGUGAUUUUCCAUCAUUAACCCGUUUAUUGCAGGUUCUUCGCGUUUCUUAUGGUAUGAGACAAACUCGUCGUCGCAGGUUUCCUAAAAGCUCAGAAGCCAUACAACAGGAACUGAAUCAGGAAAUAAUGAACUUAGGAUCUGUUGUACGUAAAAGAAAGAGACCUGCAAAGGUCACAUCGCUGGAUCUAGUUCAUGCCAAUGGAAAAACUGAAGAAACAGGUUUAUUGAGAGCAUCGAGGAUCACUGAUGAUGAUGAGGAAGACAUGGAUGAAAUGUGCUAUGAUCUCACUUCUGCAAAGCAUGACAUUAACGUUCAUUUCUGUGAGCAAGAUGAUAAUAGGAAGGGUUCUGUGGAUGCUAGAGCAACCAUUGGUGGAAAAGAUUUAGAUUCCCUCAGGCAGCAUUCUCUCUCCAGGAAAAAGUUUAAGCGUCAAAGAAAAUUUUCUUGGAGCCACCACUUGGACAGGUACAGAUAUUAUGCCACCUUGAAACUCACAUUUUUUUCAGAAGCGGAAUGUCAGAUAGAUUCUGAUGUUAUAUUCUUUGCUGCCAUCGUUCGAUUGCUGAUUCUAUUGAACAUGUUUCUGUCUCCUUUUCCCACAGAAAGUUGAUAAUUGAAUAUGUCAAGUAUAGGGCACCUCUUGGGGCAAAAUUUUGUCGUGUUGAUUGGACUUCAAUCACUGACCUUCCAGCGGAUCCAGAUGCUUGCAAAAGAAGAAUGUAUGUGUUAAACAGUAACAAGACAGUCAGAAAAAAAGUGAUGAAACUGUGUAACAUUGUUGGUUCAAGAUAUACCAAGUUUCUAAGGAAAUCAAAAGAGGAGAAAGUCAGAUGUCGUGAUGGUUCUGAAAUGUUAAAUCAUGGCAACUCAAGGAAGGAAAGUUGGGAUGACUUUGAUGAUCCUGAGGUGAAAAUGGCUGUGGAUGAAGUGCUUCGUUUCAAAAGUAUGGCUAAUUUAGAAUACAACAAGAAAGUUAAAUCAAAAUAUCGAACGAAUGCAAUUGCUACUCCCACACCUAAUGCAGAUGUACCUGUUCAUGUAAGUCGUCAACUUGUGGAGUUCACUGAGUUAAUUCUGCAUAAACAACUUUUGUAUUGAUUUCAUCCAAUUCAGCUAUUUCCUUGAAGAACUUUGGUGUUGUCUAAUGGACAAUUUAUGCUUUCAGGCCCCUUCGGAAAAAAAUGACCUAAUCUUAUUAUCAGCUGCUGGGAGUAUGACAAGUUGUGAUAAUGAAUUUCCCAGUCAUUCAAAUGGUGGAUCUGUCCUUAUCUGCAGACACGUGUGUGAAUCCAUGUCAGUAGCCAAUGCUGUGGAACUAUUCAAGCUGGUAUUUUUGAGCACAUCAACAGCCCCUGAAGUGAGAUCGCUAUUGGCAGAGACUCUCAAGUGGUAUUCCGAACGUGAUCUGACAAUGGCGUUCAACUAUCUUAAGGAAAUGAAAUUGAUGGUAUGACGUAUUCUUUUUUGCUUUUUGGCUUGAACCAUUUUGUUUUCAAAAUCAGCGAAGCUCACGACUGAUUAUUCUUUCUCAUUUAUUAAACUAUAUCUUCAAGCUAAUUUGAUCUGGUUUUUCUUCAUGUUAGUUUCUGAAACUCUAAUCAUUGUGUUAACGUAUCAAUCACGUGUACCAAUGAAGUUUGGGUUUGGUUCUUCCUGAUCUGGUUGAAAGGAUGAUUUUUCUUCUUUCCUGAAUAUAACUGGUUUUGUUGUAGCUCAACUAAUGAGAAGUCGAUCCUGGACCAAUAUGGCUUUCCAACCCAUAUUUGACUCCAGAUUUUGAAUUUCCUAUGGUAUAUAGUCGUAUAACUUUUUAAAACACAUCAUUCAACCUGAAAGUAAUUUCUUGUCAGGUAAAAACCCUGAUUUAAAGUUUAAUUUGCUGAGUCUUCUUUGAUUUAUUGAUUAUGAUGUUAUUUUUUCAGUUCAGAUCUUUGUUGUUGUUAACUAACGGUUGAUUCUUUUACUAAAUUAAGUAGUCUUGAAUCAUCUGACAAAUGAAACUAUCAUAUGGCUAUGGUGAUGGAUUAAUUUUUUUAAAAUUCUAUGAAGAGAACCAGUGGUAACAUCGUUUUAUCACUGUAAAACUGUUUUUUUUAUACUGGCAGCCUUUUUACGCAUCCAAGUUGAAAAUAAGUGCAACAAGUGAAUGAGAAAGUAAAAAACAUGUCUUUCUCUCUACUUAUUUAUCUCCCAUACUCUAUGCUUUCAUUUCGUAUGGUUUCCUGUUUUCCUUUCUAUGCUGCUUUUAAUUUUUGCUUCCGUCAUUCAUCCUAAUUAAUCUGUUUCCAAUGUCAUGCCCUCUUCAGUGGUGUCAAGCCUAUUUUUCUAGCUUGACAUAUUUUUUUGUAGAAUGCUGAUUGAGGACAAAGUAGCAUAUGAAAAAACAAUGAUAUGAAGUCAUUUACUAUUUGUAAUCAUCUCAAAAUUUCCUUGAGUUAUUGAAAUUUCUCGAUAUCAUAUGCAGACUCCAAUAGGCUCACCUAUCUAAGCCUUAACUAAAAUGGAAAACUGAAACAGCAUAACAUAAAUAUCUAAAUAGCAGUAGCCCUUGAAAUUGUUAAGAGAUAACCUCUUUUCUAUACAUAUUUAUAUUUUUUAAAUUAUGAUAUUACCAAACACUAGCCAUCAGGUGGAUGUGAUAAAGUAGGUAGUUCCCUUCACAGGGGUUUGUGCUAAUUAAAAUGCCAUUAAAAUCAAUUUAGAAGUGGCGCUAACUGAGCUAUCUUGUUAAAUUAUGGCAGGAACAUGGACAUGGAAAUCACCAGCUUUUUCUUUCCCAAAGGUUCUUGAUUAAUGCAUAUUCUUCUCCUUUUCCUCUUGACUCUGGAAAGAGAGCUACUAAGUUCUCAGCUUGGCUUAUUAAUGAGGAUAAAAACUUAAUUGGAGAUGGUGUUAAUCUUAAUUUGGAUAUGCAAUGUGGUGAAGUUUUCCAGCUAUUAGCUCUUUUCUCGUCUGGAAGUCUCUCUAUAGAACCAUGCAUGCCGGACGAAGGUGUUGGUGAAGCUGAUGACCCAAAAUACUCAAUAGCUGAAACUUCUGACGCUAAAGUGAACAGUGAUGAGAAAACUAUGAAGCAGAAGGUAUGGUGGAGAAAAGAAAGUGAACCUUGUAAUCGUCGAGAGAAAGGAUUUCCUGGUGUAAAAAUGCUCCUGAAACGUAAAGUAUUUUCAACAGCAGAGAUUUUGUCAUUUCAUCCAGAAAACAAUUCCCAAUCAUCUCCAUUGCCACAUGUAGAACGAAGACAAGAACCUUUGGAUGCUAAAACUUUUUCGGAUUCUUCUAAAGUUGGUCGGACCACAAAUUUGUUGAAUGUUUCUCUAGAUGACUCACUCUGGGAAUCGAUGACCCCCUAUGCAGCAAGAUUGGCCUCAACAGAUUCUGUACGAGAGCAAGGGCUUAUUUCUCCCAGAUUGAUGAAAAAUGUUUAUAGUGCCAUUCAUCAUGCCGGUGACCAAGGAUUGAGUAUGGUGGAACUGUCUGAGAACAUUCUCAUGCUUGGUAGAUUACAUAUUUUUCCUUAUUUUCUUAUGUAGUUCCUGUUAAAAGAAAAAUGAAAAUACUGAGGUUAUAUUGAUCUUGGUCCUUGCUUUUUCAGGGAAUGAAUUAGCUGAGAUCGCUGUGGACACACUUGCAGAAUUUCAACUGAUAGUAAAGGUACAUAUCAUUGAUAUUUCUAAGUACUUGAAAACUUUUCAGAAAUUCACUUUUUUUCGAACACUAUCAAUUGAUUAGCACUUAUACUGUCAUAAUGGUAUUUUUUUUCUGAUUUAGUCCCUAAAUUCACCUUUUGUUCAUUAGUUCCUUUUUAUUACGUGGUAGAUAUUAUUAAUGUCUAUAAUUGUGAUGCUCACAGGUAAAUGCAUAUGAUCAUGUUCGUGUGGUCGACUCUUCUUACAAAUCAAAGUACUUCGUAGUUACACUGGAAGAAAACAGACAGGAUUCUGUUCCGGAGAAUUCUCAACAGAUUAGUUAUGAUAUCUCUCGCGUACUAUUGAGAAAUCCUGAAAAUAAUCGUACUUCUGGGGAUGUGAACGCAUGUGACGGACAUGGAGUGUCACAUUUUCAUUCUAGGGAAGGACCUCCAGAGACAUGCAACAAAGGUGUUGAAGAAGACAUCACAACUGAUGUAUGUCUGAAUAAAGGUACCUCUGUAACAAAGGGAGACCUCGGAAAGACGAUAAAAUUUCUUGCUCCAGUUGAAACUCGUAGAUGUCAAGCGAUUUUACCAUGGAUAAAUGGUGAUGGCAGCACAAAUGACACAGUUUAUAGAGGAUUAGUGCGCCGAAUCCUUGGGACUGUAAUGCAGAACCCUGGUAUCCUAGAGGUAUGUCACUGUCCUGCUUUUUUUUCAUGUAGGACUGGUCAACAAUCAAGUAAAAUAUUUGUUGAGUGUUCGCAGCUGGUUUAAUUAAAUACUAACUUUACUUGUCCCUAACAUAAACGAUGUAGGACGCCCAGGUAUUUUGUUAAAUUGUUGCAGAAGAUCCUGUAUUGUGGUAAAAGUCAAAUUACAUUGUUUUUUCUGGUCCUUUGGGCUACUAGACUAUACAAAGUGUAAUGUUCUGUUUCUGAAGGUUCUGUAGAAUUUAGAAAUCAAGCACCAGCUAUCACACACUGUCAGAUUUUUCCAUUUUUCUGAUACUCUUAUCAGUUGUUAUGUAUCUUAUUGUGACCAAGAUGGAGUUCAUCUAUUGUGCAGUAAGAAUUAGGUUGCUAGCACCCUAAACGUAUUUGAAAGCCCUUCAAAUGCGGACUAAAAUAUUCUUCCCCCAAACACUCUUAAGAUAGGCUUCAUGAAAAAUUCAAAUAUUAAAUAAAACAAUCUUAUAAAUCCCUUAUAUCAUUUGAUAGGCACGACUCUUUAAUACUCAUUGAAUGUUUUAGUUUCCAAUAUAUGUGAAUUUAGGCUCAAAGUUUUUCUCAUCAGCAUACCAUCCAAAAUCUAGUGAAGUGUUUUAUGAACUUUUUUAUAUAGAUACCAUUCUCUAAUAAUCAUUGGAGGUCCUCUUGGAACCCAAUCAAAUGAAGAACACUAAUUUCUACUCCCAGAAUUGUGCAUUUGAGGUAAUGGGCCGCCCCAUUUUAGAGAGCUGACGGGGAUAAAUUUGGUGUUGAGAUUUUAAUUGAAAUUAUUUCAUGAAAUGCAAAUUGAUCUUAACUGUAGAUUGCUUCUAAAUCUAAGUCGAGAGAAUGAAUCUAAGACACCAUGGUAUCUUGACAAACGAAUUUUAAUGUAUACUGGUCACUGUACAUAUUUAUCAUCCGUACACGUCAUUGUAGGCCAUUUAGUUAAGACAUUACUGGGCUAGUUAUUAAUUGGUUGCUUUUUUCAAUCUUUUGACGAUGGCAGGAAGACAUCAUCAAUAGAAUGAUCGUAUUGAAUCCUCAGGUGCGUUCAUCUUUCUCUCUUAGAUUUCUGUUUCUGUUAAGAUGGUAAAAGUGUUGCAAGCUUUCUCUUUUGAAUUCAAAGUAGUGUUUAUUUUCUCUCUCUGUUCUCUUAUUUAUAAUCAAUUGUGUGCAGAGCUGCAAACAGCUGUUGGAUCUGAUGAUUCUUGAUAAUCACAUCAUUAUUAAGAAGAUGCAUCAGACCACUGGUUGUGGGCCCCCUUCAAUUUUUGGAGGUCUUUUUCGUCCGGAAGGAAAAUUGACAGAAGCUGCAAUGUUCAGGAAACAUUAUUUUGCAAAUCCCAUGAGUGCAUCCUUGCUUUAA